AUGCACCCGAACGCCACGGCCCCGGCCGUGCCGGGCGGCCCCCUCCACCUGCAGCCCAGCGGCUAUGCCAACGCCUCCAACCGCUCCGACCUGCUCCCCAAAGGGCCCGACGAGGAGGACCUGGACGUCAACACCGACAUCUACUCCAAAGUGAUGGUGACCGUCAUCUACUUGGCUCUUUUCUUGGUGGGCACCGUGGGUAACUCCAUCACGGCGUACACGCUGGUGCGCAAGAAGUCGCUGCAGAACCUGCAGAGCACCGUGCACUACCACCUGGCCAGCCUCGCCUUCUCCGACCUCCUCAUCUUCCUCCUCUGCAUGCCCAUCGAGCUCUACAACUUCAUCUGGGUCCACCACCCCUGGGCUUUCGGGGGGGCCGUCUGCAAGGGCUACUACUUCCUCCGGGACGCCUGCACCUACGCCACGGCGCUCAACAUCGCCAGCCUCAGCGUGGAGCGCUACAUGGCCAUCUGCCACCCCUUCAAAGCCAAGAGCAUCAUGUCCCGCAGCCGCACCAAGAAGUUCAUCAGCUGCAUCUGGAUCGCCUCCUUCCUCCUCGCCAUCCCCAUGAUCUUCACCAUGGGGGAGAUCUACGGCAAGGACCAGAAUCCCGACUCUCUCAUCUGCACCACCAUCGUGGACGCCUCCACGCUGAAGACGGUCAUCCAGGUCAAUACUUUCAUCUCCUUCGUGUUCCCCAUGGUCGUCAUUUCUGUGCUCAACACCAUCAUUGCCAACCAGCUCAUGGUCAUGUUCAAGCAGGCUGCCCAGGAAAACCAGGUCUGCACCAUCGGCGGGCAGCAGACAAUGCUCAGCAUGUCCAUGGAGCCCAGCCGCGUGCAAGCCUUGAAGCAUGGCGUGAGGGUCCUACGUGCUGUGGUGAUUGCCUUCGUGGUCUGUUGGCUCCCUUAUCACAUACGGCGUCUCAUGUUCUGCUAUGUCCCCUCCAGUCACUGGACAGAUUUCCUUUUCAACUUCUACCACUACUUCUACAUGCUGACAAACGUCCUCUUCUACGUCAGUUCGGCAAUCAACCCCAUCCUCUACAACCUGGUGUCUGCAAACUUCCGACAGAUCUUCCUCUCUACACUCACACUCCUGUGCCUGCCAUGGAGGAAGAAGAAGAAACGACUGGCCUUCACCAGGAAAUCCAACAGCAUCUCCAGCAACCAUACCUUUUCCAGCCAGGUCACAAGGGAAACUACAUACUGA